GACAACAACUAACAAAGUUCCCUCACUCUCAUCUUCUCUCAUUCUAUUACUCACUCUUCCAUUUUCAACACUAUGACACCCUUAAACCACCCUACAACCUUCACUCCUUUCUCCACUACCAAAACCUUCACCAUCAAACCACAAUGCAUUACUCUCAUUCAACCAACCAAACCAAACACAAAGCAACACUCCCACGACACCUUAAAAAGAACAGAGAAAACGACAAAUCUUUCAACAUCAUCAAGAUCAACAACAACACCUAUACCAUUAUCAACAAAAGUUAGCAAAAGAUGGAAAGAAUACCAAGGAAUGAGAAAUUGGGAAGGUUUAUUAGACCCAUUGGACAACAACCUUCGUUCUGAAAUCCUUCGUUAUGGCCAUUUCGUUGAAGCCGCAUAUAAAUCCUUUGAAUUCGAACCUUCUUCACCUAAUUAUUCCAAAAACAAGUUCCCAAAAACCACACUCUUAAAAAAAUGCGGUUUACCCAAAACAGGUUACAAACUAACCAAACAUUUACAUGCAACCUCGGGAAUUCAACUACCAAGUUGGUUCGACAAAGCACCAACAUGGGUUGCAACAAAAACAAGUUACAUUGGUUACGUUGCUGUUUGUGACAACAAAGAAGAAAUCAAACGACUUGGUCGAAGAGAUGUUGUUAUUGCAUUUAGAGGAACCACUACUUGUUUAGAAUGGCUCGAUAAUCUUCGUGCUACUCUAACCAACAUUGAUAUUAAUAUUCCAUGCAACAAUAAUAAUAAUAAAAAUAAUAAUAAUGAACCCAUGGUGGAAAGUGGAUUUUUGAGUCUUUACACUUCUAAACAAGAUUCUAGUUCUAGUAUUAAUGCUAUUCCUUCAUUGCAAGAAAUGGUGAGAAAAGAAAUCGGUCGUAUUCUUAAAACAUACGAAGGUGAAAAUUUGAGUUUUACUAUAACAGGACACAGUUUAGGAGCAGCAUUAGCGAUUUUAACAGCGUAUGAUAUAAAAACAUCUUUUAAUAACCGGAAACCGUUAGUAACGGUGAUGUCUUUCGGCGGUCCGCGGGUUGGUAACCGGAGAUUCCGGUUAGAAGUUGAAAAAGAAGGGAUUAAAGUGUUACGUAUAGUGAACUCGGACGAUGUAAUUACGAAAAUGCCGGGGUUUGUAUUUGAUGAGGAUGACGUGGAAGGGAAUGGUGAUGAAGUGGAAGGUGACGUGGCGUGGGUUUUGCCACGGUGGAUACAAAAGCGUGUGGAGGAGACGCAGUUGGUUUACUCUGAGGUUGGGGAGGAGCUACGGCUUUGUAGCAAGGAUUCGCCGUACUUAAGGGGUUUUAAUGUUGCCACGUGUCAUGAUUUGAAGACUUAUUUGCAUCUUGUUGACGGCUUUGUCAGCUCUUCAUGUCCUUUUAGAUCCACUGCCAACAGGUUCCUUCACCGGUAACUUUUUCAAGAAUAUUAAUUUCAACUACGGAAAGAUUAUUUUCUAUAUACACACAUUUGGGUAUUGUUGUAUACAGUUUUUGUUGUCACACGGAAUGAGAAGGGAUACACUUUUG